GGUUGUCCAGUAGAAGGACCUUUUUCAGCACUUGUUUGUCUUUUUCUGUGAAAUACAUUACGUUUUAGGAAGGAUUAAUCUUCCACUCAGCGAAUGCUGGUUUAAUCUGUGCAUAAAGAUGGCCGGGAAGCCGUUCCGUGCCACCUUUAUCUGGAGCAGCAUCAUUGACAACCUACGGACACAGGUGGAGGUCAAGAGACGGCGCCACAACCUUAAGUCCUACCCCAACUGCUUCCUGGGCUCCGAGGCUGUGGAUGUGGUGUUGGCUCACAUUAUCCAGAACAAGUUCUGCGGCGAUGAUGAGGUGCCACGUUUCAAAGCAGUGCGUCUCUGUCAGGCACUCAUGGACUCACGGGUGUUUGAAGCAGUGGACACCAAGGUGUUUGGGAAAGAGAAGAGACACGCCAAGUUUGAGGACAGCAGCUGUAGUUUGUACAGAUUUCUGAAUACGAGUGCCAGCAAGGAUACAAUUGAGCACACAUAUGAAUUGGCCUCCAUCAACAGGACUGCAUCACCAAAAAGGGAAGAGGAACAGGAGUAUCCAAACACCUCACCAGUCAAAACAGAUAAAUCACUGGAGGAUGUUUUAGGCAACCUGAACUCAAACACAGCCAUCACACCCCAGCUAAUGAAUCUGGGUCUGUCACAGGAGUUAGUGGAUGAGGUUUGGCAGCAGCAGGCAACACUGAGAUUACUGCAGCUGAUCGAGUUGCCUUUACUAGAGAGUCUUCUAGAAGGAAAGGAAAGUCCUCGUCCCCCACUGCACGGUAUGGACAGCGACCCAGAUCUUCUCUACACCAGCAACUAUGUGGACCGAGAAAUCCUGAAAGCCUUCAGUGAAGCUCAUGCCGAUGCCUGGCUUUCAGCAGCUGUGGACUGUCUGGAGUUUCUUCCUGAUCAGUUGGUAGUCGAGGUGAGCCGAGGGCUUGCUAAGUGUCCAGAGGAGACAGCACAAUACAAACGUCUCCUCUAUAGCAUUCUCAUCCAGCACUAUGGCCAGACAGACUAUCCUCCACUGUUUAGCAACCACGUCUUCGACAUACACAGCGGCACCUCAGAGCUAUUAGUUAAUGGGAAGCAGGAGCAGGCUCUUGAGGCCCUGCAGCUCUGUCUAAAGCUCCAGGACUCCCGAAGCAGAGAGGAGCUCCGCAGACUUCUCCGCUUCAUGGCUCUUGCCGCACAGCCAAAUGACCUCAAACUGCACAAAGAGAUAGAGAACAGGAUGGCAGUGAAGAGAGCGUUCUCCAGUGCUAUUGUGUACAGCGCCAGACUCGCCAAGGGAAAGGUGGAUCUUUUGGUGCUUUUCAUGAUAGACAACCACUUGGAUCUUUUCAAGAUUCCUGUAUCAUUACACAAGCUUGUUAGUGAUAAACUAGCCAGCAUCAUCAGAGGCAAAGAUCCUGAUGUCGUUACAGGUCCAUCUUACUGUAGACGUCUUACAAGAACCACUUACAUGCAGACGGUGCAGAAAACCACUAAAGAGGAGCUGUUCACUUUACUCCGAACUAUUCAUGAGAACCCCAAACUUUCUGUAAAAGAAAAGCGGCGACUGCUCGGACAGUUCUACAGAGGCCAUCCUGAGAUAUUCGUGCAGUACUUUGGCAACCAGAUAUCCAGUGCUUAUUUGUAACACAUUGCUUUACUAUCUGAAAUACUAUUGCACUAGAUGUACAAAGUGAUAUGUAAAUUCUGUACAAUUUCUUGUAAAUGUUGUAAAAAAAUUUUAACUUUUUAUGCAUGGACAUAUGAGUUACCGGUAACAAAGGUCAAAGUGUGACAUCAUGCACCCUUUAAUGCUUGUAUUAAAAAUAUGAAUUAUAGCCUAUUUAUCAGGCUUUUUUUCAGACCUAUGUGACCCUCAUAAGCAUUUGUAGAUCUUUUUGUUGGUUCCUAAACAUUCACAAUGAAAUGGAGCUCUUUUUAAAUAAAGUCUUUUUUAAUUUACAACAA